CAUAUUAACCACAUCUGUGAAAUAAGUUCACCAGUUUCUUAAAAAAUAUGGGUACUAUAGCUAAAGUAUUGCAAGCUGGCAAAAUGAGUUACGGAUCUGCCCUGAGACUCCAGCAGUUACUGGCUGAUUGUCAUAAAGUAUCAAAUGGGAUUCAAGAUACACUCAUCUUGGUUGAACACUUUCCUGUAUAUACUGUUGGAAUCAGAUCAAAGGAUUAUUCCCAAGAAACUGAAGAAAAGUUAGUGUCACUAGGUGCCGAUUUCUAUCGAACAAACAGAGGUGGUCUCAUAACCUUCCACGGCCCUGGCCAGCUUGUUGUGUACCCAAUUCUUAACCUCAAAAACUAUAAACCUAGCAUACGUUGGUAUGUCAGUCAGAUUGAACAGACAGUCAUUGAUGUAUGUGGUAAAUUAGGGAUACAAGCAGAGACUUCGCCUCAUACAGGUGUGUGGGUUGGUGACCGCAAGAUAUGUGCCAUUGGGAUUCAUGGUAGCAGAUUCAUCACAACACAUGGGUUAGCUCUCAACUGUAACACAGACUUGGAUUGGUUUUCAUACAUUGUGCCUUGUGGUAUUGAGGGUAAAGAAGUUACUUCUUUGACAAGAGAAAUGGAGAGAGAAGUUACGAUUGAAGAGGUGGUACCUGUCUUUCUGAAUUCUUUUAGUAAAUUGUUUGGAUGUAUUGUUUGUGAUUUCCCCAAAGAAGAUGCCGAUCAAAUAUUUAAAGAUAUUAGGAAAGAUGACAAGACUUUAAAUUAAUGAGGGUUUUGAAAAUUUCAUAAAUAGAACUUUAUGUUAAUACAAUUUGUAGUCAGUUUUCAUAGUUGAACCUUACAAAUAUUUCCUGGUAAUGAUUUAUAAAUAAUGGUAAGUGCUAGUUUCUGUACAUUUUUAUAUGUCAUUAAAUUGUUUCUUACCGUGAUUUAA